CUUUCAUCAGUGCCUGCAGAAGCUGCACAUCUGUCUGUCAGUCUGUCUCUGUCUGCACAGGGGCACGUUUCCCAUCCUGAGCUAAGCAGUUGGGAGAAGCCACCAGCAGGACCCACAGAGGCGCCCACCCUUGCUGGGGCUCACAGGUGCUGGGGCAGGGCACUGUGGGUAGAGCUCAGCAGGCGGGCACCCUCUCAGGGCACUCUCUGGUCAGUCAGCAGGACAGCCCGUCUUCUGAGGAGGCCCUGCCGGGAGGAGCCCAGCACAGUCCUGAGCUCAGUGUCUGCACUGCGACAUGGCCCUCCGACCUCCCAUCAUCCUGGUUCUCGGUCUCUGUCUGGGCCAGCUGACCUCCUCACAGAGGGGGGUCUGGACCAAGCCGUCCCUGCAGGCCGAGCCAGGCCCCGUGGUGCCCCAUGGACAGCGUGUGACCCUCGUGUGCCAGAGCCCUGUGGGCAAAGUGCCUUUCUUCCGCCUGGAGAAGGAAGGGGCAACAUACUCAGAAAAGAAAACACCUUCUGGUGCCACAGAGGCCCGGUUCCUCAUCCAGGCCGUGAGUGAGGCCUCUGCAGGGAGCUAUAGCUGCAUCUACAGCAGACACGGCAGAUGGUCACAUCGCAGUGAGGCCCUGCAGCUGGUGGUGAUGGUGGAUGACGUCCCUCCUCCACCCUCAGGCCUGUCCCCAGAGCACAUCAUCAUCCUCGCCGUGGUCUCCGGGGCCUCCCUGCUGCUCCUGAGUCUGCUGCUUCUCCUGCUCCUCCACCGGCGACACCAGCAAGUGAAAGGGUCCCAUGGCCAUGCAGGCAAGGAGAGACUUCAGGAGAGGUUCUGCCCCACGGCUGAUAUCCGAGUGGAAGCAGGUGUGGUCACCGUGGAAGGACUUUCUGAGCAGGACAGCGUGAAGCCCCCUUCGCCCCCAGCUGCAGGAGCUCCCCAGGAGGUGACAUAUGCUCAGCUGGACCACCAUCGCCUUGCCCAGAGAGCAGCCCCAGCCGGAUCCCCACAGCCCCCUGAGACCAAGGCCCAGUCCAGCAUGUACGCGGACCUGGCCUGGCGUCUCUGUCUGGGCCAGCUGACCUCCUCACAGAGGGGGGUCUGGACCAAGCCGUCCCUGCAGGCCGAGCCAGGCCCCGUGGUGCCCCAUGGACAGCGUGUGACCCUCGUGUGCCAGAGCCCUGUGGGCAAAGUGCCUUUCUUCCGCCUGGAGAAGGAAGGGGCAACAUACUCAGAAAAGAAAACACCUUCUGGUGCCACAGAGGCCCGGUUCCUCAUCCAGGCCGUGAGUGAGGCCUCUGCAGGGAGCUAUAGCUGCAUCUACAGCAGACACGGCAGAUGGUCACAUCGCAGUGAGGCCCUGCAGCUGGUGGUGAUGGUGGAUGACGUCCCUCCUCCACCCUCAGGGGACACACAGACACAUGCAGAGUCCACAUCCCCGUCAGCCCUCCCAGGGGACACACAGACACACACAGAGUCCGGUCACCACCAGAGCCUGUCCCCAGAGCACAUCAUCAUCCUCGCCGUGGUCUCCGGGGCCUCCCUCCUGCUCCUGAGUCUGCUGCUUCUCCUGCUCCUCCACCGGCGACACCAGAAAAUGAAAGGUGGGUCCCAAGGCAACAGAGGCAAGGAGAGACUUCAGGAGAGGUUCUGCCCCAUGGCUGAUGUCCCAGUGGAAGCAGGUGUGGUCACUGUGGACAGACUUUCUGAGCAGGACAGAGUGCAGCCCCCUUCGAACACUCACCCGCCUGGUGUCUCUCAGGCCCCCGAUGCAGGAGCUCCCCAGGAGGUCACAUAUGCUCAGCUGAAUCACCAUCGCCUUGCCCAGAGAGCAGCCCCAGCUGGCUCCCCACAGCCCCCCGAGACCAAGGCCCAGUCCUGCACAUACACAGCCCUGGCCUGGCACUGAGAAGCCCAAGACCUGGGGAGUCACUCCCGCAAAAGACACAGGGGCCUCUGGAGGGCAUCCCAGGUGGCCCCCUUCUCUACUCACUGAGGAGCUGGAGGUGGAGACCCCCUACUCA